GCUAAGAUUCAAGAAAAAAGAUAACAACAUUGUCAACAUCUUCUAGUGUUUAUUUUAUUAUUUUUUUUUGCAAUUUGAAAUUCCGGUUUUGUUAUCUGACAAUCAAAGUUAGCUGAUAGUUACGAAAUAAAAAAAUGGAUAAAUAUAAUUAUCACUUGAUUCUAGUUAUUUAUUAAAUUUUUUUUUUGCUGAUUAUCCGGAACUAAUGAUAGUAAAAAAAUUAUAAAUACAGGAGAAUAAACAAUUGUCAUCAGUUGACAUUUGACAACCGCCUAUGAACAAAUAACAAUGUUUCUGGGUGAAUUUUUAAUUGUUUUUUUAUUUGCAAGUACAUUUGCAUGUUCAAGCUCCGAUGAAUUAUCAGCAACAGAUGUAAGUCAUUUUAGAAAAAUUUCGAAAAAUGCAUUUGUUGAUGUUAAAAUUAAAAAUAGACGUGUUGUCAUUAACACAUCUAAAAAUGAUGGAUCAGAGCUUCAAAUUGAAAUGAGAAUUGAAGAUGAGGUGCUUCAAAAGUUACCAUUAAAAAUGAUAGAGUGUGAUCAAUUUUCCAUUUGUAUAUCAAGUGGAGAUGUUAAUCACACUGUCAUCGACAUACUGCCAACUAAUGAGUAUAUAAAUGUACGACGUAAUAUAACAGAAGGUCGAUUAAUUGAUUGCGUAUCAUUGAAAGAAAAUACACAAUGGAUUGGUGGACCAGAACAUCGUUAUCAACACUGGCCAAUUCAACACAUGUAUUUUGAUGAAGAGCCAUAUGUACCAACUCAUCCAACAGACAUGGCAAUUACUGAAAGAUAUUGGCUAUCAAGUCAUGGUGCAUUUAUUCAUGCAACUCAAUCAUCACCAUUAUUUAUUGAUCAAAAUAAUUACAAAGAAAAUUAUUUAUGUCUCAUUGUUCAAAAUAAAAAACCUUACGUUGUAACUGAUGCUAUUAAAAAUUCAUACACUAUUGGACUGUUUGAAGAUUCAAGAAAAGCUCAUGAAUUUGCAGUUGAAAAUUAUCUUGGUAAACCACUUGGUCAUCCAGAUGAGACAAUGAUUAAGCAUCCAGUUUGGUCAACUUGGGCGAGAUACAAGGCAAAUGUUAGCGACACUGUUGUCAAUGAAUUUGUUGAUGAAAUAAUUGAUAAUAAAUUUAACAAUAGUCAAAUUGAAAUUGAUGAUAAUUGGGAAACUUGUUAUGGUUCAGCAGUAUUUGAUACUAAAAAGUUUCCAAAUAUAACAAAAUUAACUGAAGAUUUAAAGAAAAAAAAUUUUCGUGUUACACUAUGGAUUCAUCCAUUUAUCAAUGAAAAUUGUGAAGCAUAUUCAACAGCAUUGAAUAAUAAUUAUUUUGUUAAAAAUACUGAUGGUAGUGUACACACAACAUGGUGGCAAGGUGCUAAUGGUGCUGGAGCUAUUGAUUUUACAAAUGACAAAGCAGUUGAAUGGUGGGUUGAUAGAUUAAAAGUACUUGAAUCACUUGGUAUUGAUAGUUUCAAAUUUGAUGCUGGUGAAAUAUCAUUUUUACCACAAACACCAGUUGUCAGUGGUCUACAAAGUCUACAACCUGGUAUAUUUACAACGAGCUAUGUUAAUGCACUUGCUAAUAAUUUUAAUGAUAUUAUUGAAGUUAGAGUUGGAUGGGCGUCACAAUAUCUUCCUAUAUUUGUACGUAUGAUUGAUAAAGAUACAAGAUACAAUUGGAAUAAUGGAUUACCAACUUUAAUAACAACAUUAUUGCAAAUGAAUAUUGCUGGAUAUGUUAAUGUUUUACCUGAUAUGAUUGGAGGUAAUGGCUAUCUUGAUGGAUCACUUGAAAAAACAUAUUUACCAGAUAAAGAUUUAUUUAUUAGAUGGCUACAGGCCAACGUUUUUAUGCCUGCACUUCAGUAUUCUUUUGUACCUUGGGACUAUGACAAUGAAACAAUUCAAAUUUGUAAAACAUAUACAGAUUUACAUGCUGAAAUAACACCAUUAAUCAUAGAAGCAAUGCAACUGGCAGUUGAAACUGGUGCUCCAGUUAAUCCACCAAUUUGGUGGGUUGAUCCAACUGAUCAACAAGCACACAAAAUUAAUGAUGAAUUUUUACUGGGUGAGAAAGUUCUUAUUGCUCCAGUUAUUGAAUCCAAUUCAGUUGAACGAGAUAUUUAUUUACCAAAAGGUAUUUGGAUGGAUGCUAAUACCAAUGAAAAUAUAACUGGUCCAGUAUGGCUGAAAGAUUAUUCAGCACCUUUAAAUAUACUUCCAUAUUUUUAUAAACAAUAAUUCAUUAAUUGAUAAUAUUACAUGUUAUUGUUUGUCAAUAAAAUUUGCAAUUUUUCCAAUAAUUUCUUAAAGUCUGAGUCUUUUUUCUUUCCAGCAUCCAAUACUUG